ACAACACUGCGCAUCCACACAACAAUAUGGCUGCUGCGUGUCGCGCUAGCGUGAGUGCUGCGAGGACGUCGUAUCUCAAACCCCGAAAUGUUUGUCACCCAACCUUGUUGUUGUCCCAGUUUCAAUACUACGGGGCAAUUUGUCACGUGGUAGUAUGGUUGUAAAGGCAUGGCCACUUCCCCAAACGGCGACGGCGAGGAACGGCCGCAAUGGCCAGAAUUCUGCGAGAAACAUGCACGAAUCGCUGCCACCGAGUUCGCCCAAAGCUAUCAACUUUUCAUCGCCGAUCACAGCGAAAUCGGCAAGUCCGUCGACUACGCGGAGAUCGGCAGACGGUUCGCCGACGUAUUCCUGGAACACUACGUGGCUGAAGUAAACCGAAGACACGACGAGACAGCCGGAGGUGUUGCCGGUGCUUCUGCUACGAAUGGUGGUGGUGGUGGUUCGCAAGAACCGAUUGCCGCAGCGCGGCCCGCGAUCAAGGCGCCCAGUGGAACGUGUUCACACGAUAACUUGCGGUCAUUUGCCGCGAAUCACGAGGACUACAGUGACCUGUCCGAGCCCGAAGGUGAGGCGUCGCCCAAGGUGCAUCACAGACCGUUCUUCCGACGCCUCUCUUUCAAGGGAUUAAAAAGGGGCAAGGGUCUGUUUCACAAACAGCAUUCGGACGAGGUGGAGCUGUCCGGCGUGCAACAUCACCACCCGUUUGAUCGAAGAUCAAAGGGAGACAAACACGAGAAGACGAAAUAUUCCAAAGUGAUCGUGGAGUGUGUCAAAGAAGGAACUGUGAACUACGUCAGCGGUGAAAAUAUUGACGGCCGCCAAAAAUGGGAAAAGUGUCGCUUGGCGCUGGUCAAAACAUCCGGUGGAUACAUGUUGGAGUUCUAUGCUCCACCCAAGUCCGUCAAGCCUCGGAGCGGAGUCUUCUGCUUCCUAGUUAACGACGCUCGGGAGACUACAGCACUAGAAAUGCCUGACCACGAGAACACUUUCGUACUCAAGGCAGAGCCUCAUGCCGAAUAUGUAAUUGAAGCUCACGAUCCAGAGAGUAUGAAGUCAUGGUUGUGUGCAAUUCAUUAUUGCAUGCGCCACUUAGGCGAUACAUCUGAAGAAAGCACGAGACCACGUCUCACCACACCAACGACUGAUCCCCUGGCCAGGCUCAGAGAACAACAGACGAAUAUAAAAAAAGUUGCAGAAGGAGGGGAUGCUUCGACGCCAACAGCUUCAGCCGCGGGCGCCGUGACAGUUACACCGAGGCCCAUUUCGACCGACACGCAGGCCACACCCGGAAGGGACACACAGUCUGGCAACGAAUCCGGAGGAACGGCAGCAUCGGAUCCCGAAACGGCAGCGGCAGAUCUCUACCAGUCCCUCAGGGAGUAUCCGUGGUUUCACGGGACAUUGUCACGCAGCGAUGCCGCGCAGCUGGUUCUGAGAGAAGGUCCACUGGGACACGGGGUGUUUCUCGUGCGCCAGAGUGAGACACGGAAGGGAGAGUGUGUGCUCACCUUCAACUUUCAGGGAAGAGCAAAGCACCUGCGGAUGACCCUAAACCCGGAGGAACAGUGCCGUGUUCAGCACCUGUGGUUCCAAACAAUCUUUGACAUGCUGGAGCACUUUCGUGUUCACCCUAUCCCACUGGAGUCUGGCGGAGCUUCAGAUGUUACUCUGACGGACUUUGUCCUCGCGUCUCAACCCCCCGACGGGAACGCUGGGCCGCCAGCGGAACUCCUCACGUACAGUGGGUCGGUUCGGUUACGUACGGCCUCUCUGGAGAACCUACAGGCAACGCAUCCUUCACAUGGACGAGCCGUCGAGAACACGUACUCUUUUGUAUGAGGAAGUGACAUGCUGAGAAGUGACAUGCAGAAAGUGACAUGCUGCAUGUUUCUCCAGUUAGGGUCACUGCCAACUGGAAUGCUGGUAGAGCUACGCCACUCGAACCGUGACAUGAUGUAGGUCAUGCUUCCUUCAGCUUUAAGCUUAUGUCAAGUGUAGUUCGAGAUAACAUUCUAGAGUGAGGCAUAUCAGCAUUUUGGUGGUGUGAUGAUGACAAUAAUGAUGAGUUGAGGUUGAGAAAUUAUGGCUAUGAAUGCUGUACAGUGGUGAACAAUGGACAGAGUCAGAGUAGUUCUAAGCUAGAAUGAUCAGGUUAAGAAUGACACGUUAGAAGAAAAAAAGUAGGUUUGAAAGAAAUAGCUAAAAGCUAUAGCAAAUCCUUCAAGAAGACAAUACUGCUGUUGCAUUUGUGCAAACAGUGCAACUGGUAUGAUCAACUAGCAAUACGUGUUACUGGACAAAACAGCAGAAGAUUCUUAUGAAACUCAUAAUAAUGUCUUAACGUUUCAUAGCAGGACAGUGGGAAACCAUUCCUUAAAAAUACCUCGGCUCUGCACAAAAAAUGAAGCAUUAAAAUAGUCACAUCUUGGGCAUGCUGGUGCCCUUUCCUUUUGUUAGGAACUAUGUUAAGAUACAAAUUUAAACCUUGCAGUGUUAUCAGAAAAGAACGAUCAACAACAAAUAUGUAUGCACAUUCUUUCAAAUCAAAGACCAUGACCUGCCAAGUCUGCAUGAAUUGGCAGGGUGCACUCUUCAUUUGAAAAUAGGAUGGCACAUAAUAAUAGGCACCCAUGAAAGGGAUUUAUAAAACCAGUUGUAAGUCAACAUUGAUGCCUAUCAAGUCCACCCCAAGGCUGUUUAUUUACAUGUGAACCUACAGAAAGUCAUAUUUACCAUCUGCUGUCAUGGCAGACUUUGACGCAGAAGCCAGCUUUAGGUGUGCCAACGAAGAUGCGUGAGAUAAAAGGGGCACAACAAAUUACGAACGACGUAGUUAAAGGACAUAGCUGAAAAUUUCCUACGAUUGCUUUGUUGUCCUAGGGUAGGUUUGUAGAUACAAAGAGAAUUCUUAGGGUCAGCCCCAUGAUUCUGUGAAGACUUAGGUCAGCAUGUCGGUCCCUGGGGGAUUAUUCCUGUCAAGAAAGAAAGUAUUCCUGUGGUAAAGUCUGCUGAAAUGUCAUAGGAACUACGUCUCUGUGUACGCGGUUGCCUAGAUAACGUAUCACAUUUUCAUAACAUCAUUAAAAAGAAAGGUGCAAUA